AUGAUCCAAGACGCAGCGACCUGGAUUUGGGGCCAGGCCGGAGCUGACAAAGCCUCUCAAGCGGCAAAAACGACUCAGUAUGCGGUAGACAAAUUCGUGACAUUCGUAUCUGUAGCAGCUCCUAUUAUUCUCGUCGUUUUCACGCGCCAGUACGCGCCGAAUAUAGGACAGAGCUCGGGUCUCUUAUGCGCACCGCCUGUUUCUAGCGGAUACAAACUUAAUGGCGUCUCUGGAGUCGCUGGCGAUGGAUUUACCGAAAUGUUUUACAUGCAAAACUAUUGCUGGGAGAAUUUCAAAUCGUUUCCAGUCAAGAAAGCGAAUAUUUCGGGGCAGGCGAUUUCUGUUUUCGACGAAGGGAAGGCAGAUCAAAUUAAGUCUUUGGAAUUACUCAAAGUGUUCCCGUAUGUAAUGAUGGCCUACGCAGCCCUGAUGUUUCUACCCUUUCUGAUUUGGAGUAGAAUGUUUGCAACGAAAACUCGCGAUCAAUUGGACUUUCUGAUGGGUGGAAUGGAAGAAGGACUGACGAUGACAAUCGGCGGCCUGGCGAAAUCGUUAGAAGGCUACAAAGGUCGGCGACUCGAGAGAACCACGGACGAAGAAACUGUCUACCAAGUUUUGGCCAAAGAACUCAAGAAGGAUCCCAACCUGAACGAAAAAUUUGAGAGCUAUCAAAAGUUUCUCCUCUCUCUUGCCAAAUCCAAUAGUUUAAGCAUUGGAUACUCGAUAAGAAGAUGGCUACAUGUGAUCAUUUCUGUGGUCUGCACAUAUUUUCUCUUCAUCACGUAUGUCAAAGAGUACCAGAGUUCGUUCAAUUGUCUCUUGGACUGGACAGUUUCUGAAAACAACAAGGACCAAACAAUCCGACCAGCCGUUCUGUGUUCGAUGCAAGGGGUGGAAUUAGUUCGCCUCGUAGUGGCGAUCAUAUGUACCCUGAACGUGGUGCUCGUUCCUUUCUACGCGGUGAUGGCCUUUUACACCUGGGGCGAGACUCGCAAAGCUAUUCGAACUCUGCAAAUGCUGCCUUCUCCUGUCAUCAUAAAAUAUUCCGAAAUCUAUGAAGCGGCUGAAGAGCUCAAAUGCUCUGACCUUCAUACUUUGCUCAGUCUAGCGAAAAAUAGUCUCCGUGAAGCACAUCCUACUUUUGCAUUUUGUGUCCAGGCUUCAAAAAUGGCGAGAACUUUGAAUGGCAAAAAGAAGAAGCCAGAGGGGGAUGAUGAUGGCGGAUAUCUAGUUAUGCUCAAAGGCUUGGUUGCUUGGGGAAAGAAAGAAGCUGAAGAUUCAAAACGCGAAGCCAUUCUCAAGAACCUUCGUCAUCAUGGAAAAUAA